GUACAAUCUGUAUUCGGUCCCCUGCUACACAGUCCUCCAUGCUCUCAGGACAUGUCAGUCAUGAAGCCCUAUUUAAUGACCAUUUCCAUCCUUCUGAUCCUGGUCCAUAAGACUCCAGGUGGCCUGUUCCGAUCCUACUUUGGCAGGAGCCAGGAGCCUUGGGAUCCAUGUCACCUUUACCAUGGCAUGUGCAGAAACACCUGCAGGAAGGAGGAAAUUCAGUACCUAACCUGCCCCAAUGACCAAAAGUGCUGCCUGAAACUUCCCGUGAAAGUAACCAGUUCUAACAAUGUGAAAAAUAACUCCAGCCUGUCGGUUACAGACACUUAAAGCUACUUGGAAAUCUGAGUAUCACCGACCACAUGCCCUCCUGGGGUGCCCUCCCCAUAAAAAUGCAUUCCUUCUCACGUGUGUGUCUUUCCUCUGUGGGUAGUUGUCACUGGGCAGGGAAAGGUCAUGCUGGGAGCUGGAGAGCCACGGCGUUUAGGAAAGGGCACUGGCAAAAAAGAAAAAAAAAA